GAAAAGAAAUGAAUUUCACCUGAAAUUCAAGAGUGCAAUUUUAUAUUUAAAUUCUUAUAAUUAAUUUUUUUUUUAAAUACAAUCAGCAAUUGUUGUACACAUUGAUUGCGAAAGAAGAAGAAAAAAAAAGAAAUUCUCCCCCUCAAUAAUAAACACCAGGUUCUUUUUAAAUACAAUUUUAUUGCACGUCAAGACAUCAGUUAACUUUGUGAUCUCGUGAACGAUUUUUAAUUAAGUUUUUUUUUUUUUUUUUAAAGAAAAAGGAAUUUAAUUUUUAAGAAAACAUGAAGAUUUUAAUUUUGACUCUUUUGGGACUUGCUCUCACGGAAUCAGCUGCAGUGCCAAAAAAUGUAAUUGAAAAAAAUGAUAAAUUUGAAAAUAAAAUUAAUAAUGGUGAAAUAAUUGACAAGACAAAACGAGAAAUUAAAAAACAAGAAUUAUUAACAAAAAUUGAUAGUGAUAAUUUAAAAUUUGAUGGAAAUAAUUUGGAAUCAGUUGAACGUGAGAAGAAAGAAUGUCAAUUUAUAAAAGGAGCAACAACACCACCAACGAGAAUUUGUGUUCAAUUUAAUGGACCAGCAGCGACAAUGUAUAUUUGUGAUGGCAAUGACAAUUCUCCUAAUUCUUUAAAUUCUCCAUCAUCAUAUUAUAUUGAUCCUUCAUCAUCUUCUUCUUCUCCUUCAUAUUCAUAUAAUCCAUUAUCUCUUUACGGUACAUUACCACAAUCUCCAAAUCCUAUACAAUAUCUUACAUCUCCUUAUUCUAAUCUCUAUUCUCAAAAACAACAAAUAUCUUACUAUCCAUCGAUUCAGGAAACACCAGGAAAUUAUAUUAUUCGUCCUUCAUAUCGUUUCCCUGGAAAUUAUUUACCUGUAGAUGAAACCUCUAAAAAUGGAUGGUGUCCAUGUCCAGAUAAUUCAAUUUCCAAUCUUAUUGGUUCAUAUUAUAGAACAGGCAAUUCAGAAACGGAACCAUUAGCGACACGAACAGAAUCAUUAAACAUUGAAACAUCAUCGCCUGUAGAAACAGAAAAUACAGCAUUAUCCGGUAUAUCAUCAUCUGCAAGAACAGUUGUUUUGCCUUCACAAAAUUACAGAUUAUUGUCAACAAAACCAACUAUUAUUGGUCUUUCACCAUCGAAUAUUGGCACAACAACGGAUUUUUCAAGAAAUUCACCAACAAUUACAAUUAAACCAAUUGAAAUUGCAACGGGAACACCGCAAAUUACUAGUAGACAAUACAUUCAACCACAACAACAACAACAACAACAACAACAGCAGCAAAAUCAAUAUCGUCUUUUAAAUAAUUUUCGUACGGCAACAAUUCAAGCUCCAGCAACACGAGUUUACAGAGAACUCGAUGAAAUAAACAAUGACAAUGAAUCAUUAAUACAAAAUUCAUCACAAUUAUUGACGAUCAAAAAUCAACAAAAAAGAUCAUCAUCGAAUCAACAAAAAACUAUGGAAAAUAAAAAAAAAUAAUUCUGAUGCAAUGAUGGAAAAAUUAUCUCACAAAAACAAUGUAAUUAUUUCUUAAACAUAUAAUUUUUAAUUGCAAAAAAAAAAAUAUUCUUUAUUCAAUAAUUAUUUAGGUAUAUAUUUAUUUUUGUGCUCAUUUGUUUCAAUGUGUAUAAUUAAAAAAAAUAUUUUGAUAAUGAAAUUUGUAUAAAAAAUGUCAAUAUUAUGAAACAAGUAUACAAAGUCUUUAAUUUGUAUAAAGAAAAUACAUGUUUUCAAUUAUUUUAAUAACUUGAUUUUUAAUUGAAAUUAUAAAUUACAUUAUUUUUUGUUAAUGCAAAUGAAAAAUUUUAAUAUUUUUAAAUUUUAGUUGAGGUAUAAAAAAAAUUUUUGCUAAACAAAACUAAAAUUUUGAAUGUUUCUAAUUAUUUUAUAUUUAAAAAAUAAAUAAUUUUUUGAAAAAAAAAAAGAAAAAUUCAAUUUUUCAAUCAAUUUUUAAAAAAUCAUCAUUUUUCUUUUUGAAUCGUCAAUUGAAUUCAAAAUUCAUUGCAAAUUCGUCAUUCUCGCGCCAUCUAUAAAGUUUAUUUCCAAACCGCUUUGCUCAAUUUGUCCGCAAAUGAUAAUUUAUCGACUUUAGUCAUGGUUCCUAAAUAAAUAUUUUAAUGAAUAA